AUUUCCAUAAAAUCUCAUUUCAAAAUUUCAUUCAUAAAAGUGAGAGAAUGUAAUUUCUUAUACAACUAAGAAACUACCCAAGAACCUACUCAGGGAUAUGAAUAAUCAUCCUAGAGCUUUGGAUGAUUUGAUCGAAUCGAAAAAGUUAAAGAUCUUUGCAAAACUGAAACAUGUUUAAGCCUAAAUUAGUUGUAUUUGACCUUGAUUGCACCUUGUGGCCCUUUUGGGUGGACACCUAUGUUUCUCCACCUUUCCGCAAAAAACAGAGUGGGAAAGUUGUGGACUCAAGAGGUGUCAAUAUCUCACUGUAUGACGACACGGAAGAGGUCCUUAGAUCUCUCCAUGAACAGGGUCUCAGAAUUGGCAUUGCUUCACGCACUAGGGAAGUGGAUGGAGCCAAUCAGUUGCUGUCACUCUUCAAUCUCAACCAAUACAUUUCCUUCAAGGAGAUAUAUCCAGGGUCAAAGGUCAAACACUUUAAAAGGUUGAAAGCAGCCAGUGGAGUCCAGUACAGCGAUAUGAUGUUCUUUGACGAUGACCAAGGGAACAUUAUAGAAGUCGAAAAACUUGGUGUGCGCUGUGUCUUAGUACCCAGUGGGAUCACUUCUGAAUUAGUUAAUGAAGAACUACAGGAGUUCAGGAAGAAUCUUCCGUCUUAACACGCCGCUCUCCUCUACCAGUCUAAUCCAGUGAAUUGCUGCAGUGCUGAUUUCAUACAGUGGAGAGCAGUGUGGUGCCACAAUGUUUAUUUGCUGCUUUAAGCAAGACCUCAUUUUACAUGCACAAACUGUCAUUAUUAAAUACCACAAUGUGUUAAGCACUUUUCGUAUUAACUGUUAAAUGUAGAACUACGCAUUGUAUUUUAAUAUUAAUCUAAUGAAAGAUUUUUUUUACAGUUUAGUAUGUAAGUAUGAAAUUUACUGAAAUUUACAGUAGGUGUUUUUAGCGUUCUAUCUAUGUAGUAAGAGACCUGGAUUGUUUUCUAUUGGGGCAUUUUAGGAUUCUCAUUAUUAUGUACAUUGUGGAUUAUAUAUUUGUCAGUGUUUGAACUGGUAAUGAAUUCUACAUAGACUGUAUUGUACAUGUAUUUCCAAAUGCCAGAGGAGUUUCUGUGAGGCUUUGUAAUGACUGGGUGUUUACAUGGUGACCUGUGUAGCUGUGUUGGUUAGCGCUGUGUAAACUGUGUAAAGCAUCAGAUGCGCUCUACAAAUCCACUGUUGUAUCUUCUCAAAUGUUAGUUUGGCCUAGAUUUAUUUGGCGACUGCAUGGGAGCCCUAAAAAAAAAGAUUGACCAUUUUAAACUGAAAUUAGUUCCGUGAAA